AUGACCUCAGCCACUCCCCCUUCCUCAGAGGGAUCCUCCCCCCAGAAAGUAUGCCACUCCCACACGCAGACGGACAUCACCAAGCCGCUGCUGAGCUCCCCCGGGGGGGCCAGGGGGGUUGGAGGGGGUGUACAGGAAACCGGCGCGGGAGUCACCAGCGCCCUGCGGAGGAGACGGCGUGUCCUCUCCAAAGAUGGGCGGAGCAACGUGCGCAUCGAGCACGUGAGCGGGCGCGGCGCCCUGUACCUCCGUGACCUCUGGACGACCUUCCUGGACAUGCAGUGGCGCUACAAGUUCUUCCUGUUCUCCGCCACCUUCGCCGGGACCUGGUUCGUGUUCGGGGUCCUGUGGUACCUGGUGGCGCUGGUGCACGGAGACCUGCUGGAGUUCGACCCCCCCGCUAACCACACCCCCUGUGUGAUGGAGGUGAAGACCCUCACCGGGGCCUUCCUCUUCUCCCUGGAGUCGCAGACCACCAUCGGCUACGGGUUCCGCUGCAUCACGGAGGAGUGUCCUGCCGCCAUCAUCCUGCUCAUCUUCCAGCUGGUCAUCACCAUGGUGAUGGAGAUCUUCAUCACCGGCACCUUCCUCGCCAAGGUGGCGCGUCCCAAGAAGAGAGGCGAGACGGUGAAGUUCAGUCAACAAGCCGUGGUGUCCAAUCACGAGGGCCGGCUCUGCCUCAUGAUCCGAGUCGCCAACAUGCGCAAGAGCCUGCUGCUCGGUUGCCAGGUCACAGGGAAGCUGCUGCAGACGUCUCUGACGCAGGAGGGCGAGACCGUGAGGCUGGACCAGAGGAACGUCCCGUUCCAGGUGGACACGUCCAGCGACAGCCCCUUCCUCAUCAUCCCACUGACCUUCUACCACAUCAUCGACGACAGCAGCCCCCUCCGGGCCUGGGCAGCUAAAGGCGGCGGCUGGACGGACCCGGACCUGGCGGACUUCGAGCUGCUGGUGAUCCUGAGCGCCACCGUGGAGCCGACCUCCGCGACCUGCCAGGUGCGCACGUCCUACCUGCCUGACGAGAUCCUCUGGGGCUACGAGUUCCCCCCCGUCGUGUCCCUGUCGCCCUCGGGGAAGUACGUGGCGGAUUUUGCCUUCUUUGAAAAAGUGGCCAAAACCACGUCGCCGCUCUUCAUCAAGCCGGCCCUGCCGCCCAGCCCCCCCACGCAGGCGUCCCGCUGCCGCGGCAGCAAGGAGGACGGGACGGACGUGGAGAAGAUGAGACUGGAGGAGAUCUACAGGGGGGAGGAGAGGGGCCGGGGGGGGGUCCGCCCCAGAGAGAGCAGCCCGCGGAGCGUGAGAAUCAGCAACGUGUGA